CUCGCGCCCGCCCCCCCGUCUGGGUCUCCAGGGAAACGCCUCAACAUUCGGCGGCUUUCCGCUCUUAGGCCCCGCCUACCGUGUGACCGCGAGCCACUUCCUGGACGAGUUGUGGAAAGUUUGUGCGGGCCGGUGGUGGUGGCGGCUGCGGCUCGGCGUGUGAGCGCCGCACGGUCCGGUAACCCGGUGUGUGUGUGUGGCCGGCCGUCCCUGGGCCGCGGGAGGGGCACCCCCACCGCUCCUGUCCUUGGAGGGUGGGGGGCGAUGUUGCUGGCACGGCGGCGGCGGUGCUGUAAGCAGUUACUGCUGCUGUGCUGCGGGAUGAUCGCCCUGGGCUUCGUGGUGCUGAGCCGGAGCGGGCAGCAGGACAAGCGGCAGCCGCGGGCUGAGCGCUGGGAGCCCGCGGCUGACACGGGCUCGGUGCUGGAGGCCGAGUACGACCGCCUCCGGAGAAGCGUGUAUGAGAAGCCGCGGCUGGAUGAGAGUGCGCUGGGAGAGCUGGGCAGAGCGGUUCACCUGAACCUGGAGGGCGAGGAGAAGCGGAAGGAGGAAGAGAGUGUGAGCAAACAUCAGAUCAACAUCUAUGUCAGCGACAGGAUCUCCCUGCGGCGCCGACUGCCCGAGAGGUGGAACCCGCUAUGUAGAGAGAAAAAGUACGACUAUCGAAACCUUCCUACCACUUCAGUGGUAAUAGCGUUUUAUAAUGAGGCCUGGUCAACACUCCUGAGGACGGUCCACAGUGUUCUUGAUACUUCACCUGAUAUUCUGUUAAAGGAGCUCAUCCUUGUGGAUGAUUACAGUGACCGAGAACACCUGAAAAAGCCUUUAGAAGACUACGUGGCUACUCUUCGCAAAGUACGGUUGAUACGCGCACGAAAGAGAGAAGGUUUAGUUCGUGCACGAUUGUUGGGUGCAUCUAUAGCGACAGGUGAUAUCUUGACGUUCUUGGACUGCCAUUGUGAAUGCCAUAUAGGUUGGCUGGAACCACUACUGGAAAGAAUCAAUGAAGAAGAAACAGCUGUGGUAUGUCCUGUAAUUGAUGUCAUUGACUGGAAUACCUUUGAGUUCCUCGGACACUCUGGAGAGCCACAGAUUGGUGGGUUUGACUGGAGGCUGGUCUUUACUUGGCAUGUAAUUCCCGAGCAUGAACGGAAACGAAGGCGAUCCCCAAUUGAUGUUAUUAAGUCUCCCACUAUGGCUGGAGGGCUGUUUGCUGUCAGCAAGAAAUAUUUUGAAUACCUUGGCACAUAUGACACAGGAAUGGAGGUCUGGGGAGGAGAGAACUUGGAAUUUUCUUUCAGAAUAUGGCAGUGUGGGGGUUCCUUAGAAAUACAUCCUUGUUCUCAUGUGGGCCAUGUUUUUCCUAAACAAGCUCCAUAUUCAAGGAGCAAAGCCCUGGCAAAUAGUGUGCGUGCUGCACAAGUCUGGAUGGAUGAGUAUAAAGAACUGUAUUUUCACAGGAAUCCACAUGCCCGUUUGGAACCUUAUGGUGAUGUAUCAGAAAGGAUAAAACUGAGAGAGAAACUACAAUGUAAAAACUUCAAGUGGUUACUGGAGAAUGUUUAUCCAGAUAUUCAUGUACCUGAGGAUCGGCCAGGCUUCUUUGGAAUGUUAAAGAACAAAGGGAUGGUGAACUACUGCUUUGAUUACAAUCCACCUAAUGAACACAACGUUGCAGGAGAAAAAGUCAUUCUGUAUCAGUGUCAUGGCAUGGGACAAAAUCAGUUUUUUGAAUUCUCCUCACACAAUGAAAUCCGCUAUAAUACUCGCCAACCUGAGGCGUGCGCUGCAGCAGAUCCGGGGACUGACCAUUUAACAAUGCAUCUUUGCCGAGAGAAUAAAAAGCCUGUGCCUGAAAAUCAGAAAUUCAUUCUUAAGGAGGAUGGCUCAAUCUACCACAUCCAAACAGAAAGGUGCCUCCAGGCUGUACACAAUGCAUUCAGUAAUGGUCGUCCAGGACCAUUACUACGGCCUUGCACAGAUAUCGACCACCAGAAAUGGUUCUUUCAAGAAAGAAAAUGAUUUAUAGAUAUUCAGGUUCAUUAACAACUUCAUAAAGCUGCCAUUACCAAAAUGCUACUGAAUUUUCCUAUGAACGAUAGGAUCAUUUCAAAUCCAUAAACUGUCCCCGUCCUGAAGUAUUCUAAAGGAAUGUUUAGAUCUGCAUCAUAUACUGAGAUCUUCAUACAGAUUUUAUCACUGAGAACAGUUUAUUUUUAAUAAUGCCUUGAAAUUAUGAAAAACUCUCAAUUUCCAAAGGACAAUGUGGUUCUUUAAUGCAAUUGGUAGAUAACUUGAUUGCAUCCCAUUUGAACAUAUGUGGUGAAGAAUCUAUUGAUUUCAACAAGAUUUGUGAAAGGCUUUGAAACAAUUAUUUGCAAGAGUGAGCUUAUGUUAAUCUUCUUUUGGAUGUCUUGAAGUCCGUUAUCUAUCAAAUCACAGCCAUGUGAAAGAGACGGCGCUUUGAUUCCUAAUUCAUUUAUAAAAAUUGGAGCAAUGACCUUUUUUUUUGCUCAAACUAAGGUCAAAAAGAGUGAAGAUGUUCAUAUUGUUCUAUAAAACAUUUCCGUUUUGAAUGUAUCAUCUGGUUUUAGUGCACUGAGGAUGUGUUAUGUCUUUGAAUCAUGGUUUUUUGAGUCCCAUAAUCUUGCAUUCAGACUGUUGUGAAAUUGGAAGUGUGUUCACCGCUUGAAACUAAAGAGGACACUUUUUGGAAUUUAUUCUCAUGAUAUUUAAGCAUAUGAUGCUCAGUGGUAGAAAUUUCAUGGAAAUAUCUGUGGACUUAAAAAGGAUAGGGUAAUAUCUUAAGUUUACAGCUGAUUAUGAUACUCUUAUUUCUGGCAUUGAUCUGCAUGAGGUGGUGUCAAUUUUUUGCACCAUUAUUGGAGAACGCUAAGGUCUAAUGCCAAAUCUGCAGUCAGAGUUUCUGAAAACACUUAACCUGAUUUUGUAGGACACAGUAAGAAACUUUAUUAUGAGUUCCAGCUAAUGAAAUAUUUUUGAAGGACAGUCCCUGCUGUUUUGCAGUCAGUGAGAGUAAUGACUUGUUAAUUUAUUUUGGCAGUGCUUGUUGAGAGCUAAAGAAUGACCUGGAAUGACAGGUGGAAAUAAAACUCUUGCUCUUGUUCAAGUGGUGCCUUUGGGAUCUUUGAUAUCCACCUCAAUAGGGAGUUGGGGCUUGGGUUUAAUAUCUGAGGGCUAGCAUCUCAUACAGCAUGUGCUAAACAUUGUAUUGAACUCUGUUUAGAUUGUGCUGAAGUCUGAGGAUUGGGCUUGAGAACAUGACAUCAAAAAGUGAGAGACCCCAAUUGGUGCAAUUGCCAUUGUGCACCUUAGCCAAUCUUUUUUAACCUUUUGAAGCAUGGGACUCAAUCUAAAUGAGAUGUGAAAUGGGACAAAAGAAGGAAUUUUCAUAAACAUACCUUGUGCACUUGAACAUAUUGAUAUAUUCCAUUGUGUCACCAUAUAUUUUCAUUUACAAUUAAAUAUUUAGAUGGGCACCUGUUAAAACAAUUAUUAAUCAUGAGUUUGAGAUUUGGAUCUGGAAGUGCUUGAGCUUUACAUUUUAAAAUGAUUCUAUGCCUGAUUAUGGAAUGUUAAACGUGCUUCAACUUGUCCAGAAUUUUGAAAAAAAAGUACAAGACGACUGUCCAUAAUUUAAUGUUGAUUUGUAACCACAUCAGGAUAGUUUGUAUAAAAAAAAUCGCAUUUUAGAUUAAUGUGCAUUGGCUCACUCCUGCCUAUGUGGCUGCAAUAUCAUAUCACAAGUGAAAAGUAAAUGUGCAAUGAUUUGUUUGAAUACAGUAGAUGCAUUUUAUUUUGAUUAAACAUUUGAAGGACUUCUAUUUUUGCACUCUAAUUGCAAAGUGUAGUUCUGAGAAUUAAUAUUAUAAUACUAAUUAUAGAAAAUAUUUUCUUCCCUCAAUGUAUAAAAUGAAAUAAAUAGCCAAAAAUGUUUAUAGAAUUUUCAAAUGCUGUAUAUGUGUAUGAAAAGACUUGCUUACCAAACAGUAGCAAUAUGUCUAUGGAAGGAUGAGUUUGAAUGGCUUUGCACUUCUAUACUUAACUUUGAUAUAAUGAUACCUGAAUGCUGGAGAAUGUACAGAUCUGUUUCAAAUAAUUGCUUUUGAUAGAUAUUCAUUGACCCAAACAGCAAAUCACUGUGUACAAGGGCUUAUUGACUUCUAAAAAGUAUGUCCUGGGCUUCCACAACAUGUAAUAUUCUGAUUUGUUUAGUCUUAUUGAAAGAACUUUGUUUUUAUUUAAAUCUGUUCAUUGUACAUAUAUUGGCGUACAUUUCUACAGCAGUUUAUGGGGCUUACAUUAAGGUGAAAGAUUGUACAAUGUUCCAGUUACUACCACCAAACAGACAUGCUGAGACUAGGACCUGGUCUUGAGGGUAGUUGAGUUGGACUGCAAAUGUUUAUAAAAUUUACUACUUUUGGAUAAAAUAUAAAUGUCAAAGGAUUUGUAUUUAAGUUUCUUUGGUGGAUAUCUUCCUAAUGGACACAUUUUUAAAAAUCAACCUAUUUUAUAAAUUGUCAUUGUUUUGCUACUAUGCAAUAUUAGAUACCUACAUCUAUCUGAGUUUCAAUAAAAGGACUGCACAAUUUCUUGUGAAUUGUAUGUUGAGCAUUAAUGUAAUGAAAAUGGAGUGUAUAUAUUUUAUUCUCCAGUUGUUUGCUUGCUGAAGAGCUGGCAACACUUUUUAAAAAUACAAUUGAGACCGAAAUUGUGGAUUGAUUGCCAUUUUUUAAAAUGAAAUAUCUGGUGCUUUUUUAAAUAACAUUUUUGAGUGAAUAAUCAUAAUGCUUUCAUGUGCUCCACAGAUGUUGGUGAGAUUUAACACAAUGCUUCUUAUCUGAGAAUUCUCCAUACAACUGAUUUAAAUUUUGAACAUGCUUUAAAUUUUUAAAUAAAAUAAAAUAUUUCUUGUGAAUUACAAAAUGUAUAUCUCAUAAAUCAAGUCU